UGCGACACAACUACAACCCCCAGUCAUCAUGGAUCCUCUUUACAUGGCCAACAGCCUGUUUCGUCGCAGACGAUUCGAGGACUGCGUACAGGUGUGCACAGAGAUCCUGGAGGCCAACCCUUACGACCAAGUUAGUCGCUACUUGCAGCCGAGCCUGCGAGCCAGCCACUCCCCUUUCUUCUCGACUGCACUGCAUGCUAGGCGGCAUGGUUUCUGAAGCUCCGCUCGCUGACAGAGCAGACGUACGUGGACGAGGUUGACAUGGACGAGGAAGGAAUUGCAGAGGCCUUCCUGGACGACACUGCCAUUGCUGAUGUUGCUAGUGAGCUCCUUCUUCUCUUUACCCUCUCUUUCUCCUCUCACAAUUCUCUCUUCUCAGGGCCAGGAACGUCUCUGAAGGGUCCACCUGGUACUACCAGUCGAGGACUGAGCCAGGGAAUAAGACCCGUUUCGCAAUCGGGGCGGCCGCUGUCUGGAUUUGUUCGUCCCGGGACUCAGGGGGGUCGUCCCGGGACAAUGGAGCAGGCUCUCCGGACGGCAAGAACGGCAAUGACUGCCAGACCUGUGACAAGUGCUUCAGGAAGACACGUUCGUCUGGGCACCGCCUCAAUGCUGACUGAACCCGGAGGUCCUUUUGUGGAUGUCUCCAAGCUAAACAUGAGCAAAUACUCCCAGCGACCAGCCCUAGCUAAAGCUCUCUUUGAGUAUCUAUUCCACCAUGAAAACAAUGUCAGAGCGGCACUGGAUCUUGCUGCACUGGCCACCGAGGCCUGUCAGUUUGGAGACUGGUGGUGGAAGAUUCAACUGGGCAAGUGCUACUACAGGUUGGGUAUGUACAGAGAUGCUGAGAGUCAGUUCAAGUCGUCACUCAAACACUUUAGUACCAUAGACAUGUUCCUCUACCUGGGAAAAGUCUACGUCAAACUGGACCAACCUCUUUCUGCUCUCGACUACUACAAGAGAGGUUUGGAAAAGUUUCCAAACAACACGUCUCUACUCAUUGCUAUAGCCCGCAUACAUGAGGGUCUGAAUGACUUGGACUCUGCAGUAGAGUACUACAGACAAGUACUGAAGUAUGACAGUACGUGCGUGGAGGCCAUUGCGUGCAUCGGAACACACCAUUUCUACAACGACCAGCCAGAGAUUGCACUUCGCUUCUACAGGCGGCUCCUGCAAGUUGGAGUCUACAAUGCGGAGCUGUUUACAAACCUCGGUCUCUGCUGUUUCUAUGCCCAGCAGUAUGACAUGGCCAUCAGCUGCCUCCUGAGGGGUCUUCAGCUCUCUCCCAAUGACGACAACACUGCUGAUGUCUGGUACAAUAUUGGACACAUCACUCUGGCAGUGGGGAGUGUAAGUCUGGCCUACCAGUGUUUCAAGCUGGCACUGACCUCCAACAACAGCCAUGCCGAGGCCUACAAUAACCUCGGAGUCAUAGAGUGGAGGAGAGGCAGAGGAGAACAGGCCAUGACCUGUUUCCAGUCCAGUGCCUCCAUCUCUCCACAUCUCUAUCAGCCUCACUACAACCUGGCCGCUGCCUCUGAGAAGACUGGAAACCUCCACAGCAGCUACUCGUGUGUCAAGAAGAGUUUGGAGGUCUUUCCCGAGCACUUGGACUCGGCAGAGCUCAUGAAACAACUCCAACAGCACUUUGCAGCUCUCUAAACUAAAAAAACUCACUCAAACUCUACUUACUCCCUUUCUCUUUUCUCUCUUCCCUUAUAUACAUAUGAGCCAUUUCUUAUUUCUGGCGUACCUAGUUAAAGGUUUUUCUAGAGUUCCAGGAACUACAUAAAUAGUGGAACUCCUCCAUAGCGACUGUCCAAAGUAUUUUUGUAACUCUCUUGCUCCCUCUUGAUAAUUAACAUCUCCUUUGAAAAGCG